AUGGACUCGUUCACGAGGCGUGCCUCAUCUCAGUGCUUUCACAGCGAUGAGUAUUUUGAGACCUACACUUUCUCUCACCAAUUCGACCAAGCAUCAGGUGGCAUGUGUACGUCGUUGCCCAGUUGGGGCUCACUGCCCACCAUGCAUCCGGUCUCCAUGCAGUCGCAGCUUGCCCGGCAGGAAAACCACCCCAUGUUGCAGUCGAGCGGCGGCGAGUCGUGGAAUACUUUUGACGAGUUCGACGACCCACGCGGGCGUCGGCGGGCAGAAAUCCAAAGCAGCAGCCCAUCCGAACACGCGCAGGAUUCAGCCCAGUUGGGCCUUGGCGGCGCCCCCUCUGCGGCCGAUGCGCAGCUGCCAUCUCGGCCUGGAGGCGUUCUGCUGCUCCAUGGCCAGUCGCUGCCGCGCAGGCAGGAAGACCCCCCCAUUUUGCAGUCGAGCGGCGGCGAGUCUUGGAAGACCUUUGACGAGUUCGACCACCCGCGCGGGGGCGCUCUGCCUCUGACCACAGUAGGCGCUCUUCUGCUCGAUCGCUCCGCGGGGGCGGCGCCAGCCUAUUCACCGACCAGGCCGCCCGGCAUGCCGCCGCGUUCCACCGCCGAGACGUGGCUGGCCGCGGGCCCCCCAGGCGAGCCAGACCGCGCGGCGCGGGCGAGACAGCCGGCCAGCGGAGGGCGGGCAGGGGCCUCCACUGGCACGCCCGCGGCCGCCACGGCGCUGGCAGACAUGCGGGCCCGGCUCCUGGCGCAGGAGCAGCUGCUGGCCCAGGUCCAGCAGCAAGACCUCAGGCGCAGGAUCCGCGAGCAGCAGGCCGACCUGGCGGAGAUGGAGCUUCAGCAGGGCGAGCUCGUUGACAGCAUGCCCGCAGCCACCGAGGAGGCGGCGCCCGCCACCCCUGGCGCUCCAGCAAUCACCACGCUCAUGAUCCGCAACAUCCCAAUGUCUGUUACGCAGCGUGACCUGCUGGACCUCAUCGACAGGGCUGGUUUCAAGAACCGCUACGACUACGCCUACAUGCCGGCAACUUUUGACAGCGGUACCACUAGAGGGAUCGCAUUUGUGAAUUUUGCCGCCUCAAGCGACGCCCGCGAGUUUUCCGUCUUGUGGAACGGAUCGCGACUGACUGGAGUUGCCGGUGCUGGAACCAGCGGGACCGUGAUCGAGGUCACCGCGUCGGCGACGCAGGGCUACUCGGAGAACGUCAGGAUGUGGAAGGCGAGCCGGCUGCGCCGCAUUAAGAACCCCAAGUUUCACCCUUUCAUCGCCCCGAGGCCAGCUGCCUAA